AUGACUGCUUUCUGUAAGGACGCUAUGGCGUUUCUAGCAGCCGACCCCAAGCAUACGAUCGCGGUUCAUUGUAAGGCGGGCAAAGGGAGAACGGGUGUGAUGAUCUGCUGCUUGCUGCUGUGUCUGGGUAUCCAGUGCUCACCCCUGUACGCCCUGAU